AUGCUCGUUACACUCCUCGGUCCUGUUGACAUCGGUGUAGCUGGCAAGUUUAUGGCCAUCAUUGGCCGUCAUUAUGGCCAUGUGAUCUUCUCUGAAAGGUUUGGUGGGCAGACGCCAUACAUGGUCAUCACCCAGGAGCAGGAGGCCUUCUUCAACAUGUCCCUUAGCGUCAUUGACCAGGUGCAAAUCGGGUCAACCCUGUCGGUCUUCGACACAGCAGUGCUUGGCAGCACGCUCUCUGUCUUGUCCGAUGUACGGGUUGGCAGCAGCCUGUCAGUGUUCGAUGCAACUGUCCUUGGUAGCAUACUCUCUGUCUACUCAAGGGUCUGCUUCGGCAGCACCCUCUCCGUGGCAGACCACGUGGACUUCGGAAAGGGCAUGCCAGUCAAAGACUUUGUCCGUUUUGGUGAGUCAACCUCCGUAGAGGGCAAGUCCUAUUCGGGCAGCUCCCCCUUGGUUGCGAGCUUUUCCCGACUAGGUAGCAUUUUACCGGUUUUUGGAAUCGUGCGCUUCGGUUUCUCCAUGUCCGCCAAGGACUUUGCAACCUUAGCAAGCUCGCUCUCUGUUGCAAACUUUGCACGCCACGGCUUCAUCACAUUCGCCUACGAUUUUGCACGGCUCGGUAGCUCACCGCCUGUGCUGGACCCUGGCCAUUCCGGCAGCUCUUCCCUGAUGUGUUCCGUGCCGUUUUUGCGAAGCUUUGGAUGCCUCGGCUUCUUCACGCCAGCUUAUGGAAUGGCCAGCCUUGGCCUCCCACCUCCCGCACCGGACCUUGUGCAGUUGGGACCUUCCUUCUCUUUGUGCAGCUUCUCCAGAGUGGGCAGUGCACCUCCAAUCUACGGCAUGGCAUGGCCUGGAUCUUCCACGCUAACCUCAGACUUUGUCCAUCUAGGCCUUAUUCUGCCAACUCGAUCUUUUGCAUGCUCCGGUCCCUUGCCUCCGGUCUAUGGAAUGGCUUGGCUAAGCUUGUCCUUGCCUGCUCCGGAUUUCGUGACACUUGGCAGCUCCAUGCCCUUGCGAGGCCUUUCGCGGGCAGACUUGGCCGUGUCCCCUUAUGGUGUGGUCUGCCUAGGUUCUUUGCUGUCAGUUCUCGAUUUUGCUACCUUCGGGCCACCA